ACAAAGCGGGAGAGAGACGGAGAAAAAACAGAGAAAUGCAGUGCUCCGAUUUUACCUACUCUGGAGGCGAUUACCGCAUCUUAAUCCCUUCGAGCCCUAGUAUUACCGGCCGGCGGCAAAUUUCCGGCCAGAAAUCUCGGGUUUUCUUCCCCAAUACUCCGCCGUGCAAUUCGACUCGCUUGCCGUCUCUUUCUAUUAGAGCCAAGGCCUCGUUCAACGGAGGAAUCGCCUCUUUCGAGGCCGCCGAUGGAUCCUUCUACGAUUUGCUAGGCAUUUCCGAGUCUGGAUCCUUGGCUGAAAUUAAGCGCGCCUACAAGCAACUCGCUCGGAAGUACCAUCCGGAUGUGUCGCCGCCGGGCCGGGCAGAGGAGUAUACGAAGAGGUUCAUUCGUGUUCAGGAGGCGUACGAGACAUUGUCGGAUCCGAGAAGGAGAGCGUUGUAUGACAGAGAUAUGGUUGGAGGCCUUCAAGUCGCGUUCUCUGCUAGGAGACGAUAUGAUGUCGAUGAGGGAGUUCCGGAUAAAAGUGCAUGGAAGAGUUGUUGGAAAGCUCAGAUCUCAGAAUUGAAGAGAAGAAGCAUGGAUAAGGAUUCGAAACACAAUUUGUCGUGGGGAGCUCGAAUGCGCCAACAAAUGAAUGAACAGGUUUGAUUGAAAUUAUAGGUUCAUACUUGAGCAGCCUUAAGUAAAUAGAAAACGACCCAUUUGAGAAUAAUAAUAAAUUUGUUUUUAGUUGUUCUCAUACUUCCAAUUCUUCCCCUUUCCUGUUUGUGAAAUCUGCUCUAAAACGAUUGAUUGAAAAGUUGCCACACAAGGCCAUAAAUAAUCUGCACCAUCACUGUAUCCUUUGAAUACAAAAUUUCCCAAUAUCCUCUUUUGACCUA